AUGGAAGAAAUAGAGCAAAUCCAUGAAGGGUUUCUUGGUGCAAUUAAAUUGUCUGCACAUCCUCAUCUUCUAUUCCCUACAAACACCUCCUCAAAAUGCAUUGUUUGUUCCCAAGAAAGACUUGAAAACACCAGAGGCUUCUCGUGUGUUCAAUGUGAGUUGUAUUUUCACAAAGACUGCAUUGAGAUCACCAUCCCUUCUCAUCAUAGACAUCCUCUCAAGCUCCAUGAUCCUUAUUACAAGGCUUACAAAUGUUUUCUUUGUAGAAAAUGGUUGUGGGAUAUGUUCUACUAUUGUUCACGUUGCGUGUUCGUCGUGUGUAUGUCUUGUCUAAAGAAGCGAUUGGUUAUUGAUGACCGGCCAAGAGCUCACGAGCACCCGCUUUCCCUCAUGCCCAUCAAUUCCAUCUCUUUCACUUGUGAGGCUUGCGGUGAUGGAAAUGCUGGCUCAUAUCCUUGCGUUUGUCUUCAAUGUUGGUUCAUCGUCCAUGAAAGUUGCCUUGAUUUACCGCGUGUCAUACGUAUCAAUCGUCAUGAUCACCGAAUUUCUCAUGUCGACAUUCUUACUCCGGAGGAGUGGAUCUGCGGAGUUUGUCAUAUGUCUAUCAACAACAAAUACGGUGCUUAUUCUUGCUUGAUUUGUCCUUAUUCUGUUCAUUCCAAAUGCGCCAUAAAGGAUGAUGUAUGGGAUGGAAGAGAGCUCGAAGGAAGGCAUGACGAAGAUACCGAAGAUAAAACUGAGGAUGUUGCACCAUUUAUUGAGGUAACCGAUGACAAAGCUAUAAAACACUUUAGUCAUGAACAUACGUUAAAUCUGUUUUAUCAAGAUGUUCUUUUACGCGACGAAAACCAAAGAUGCAAUGCAUGCACCCUUCCAGUCUACAUAUACGGCACGUGCUAUAUGUGCAUGCAUUGUGAUUUCAUUCUUCAUGAAACAUGUGCUAAUCUUCCACGGACGAAAAGGCAUGAGUUACACAACAGUCUCUUUACUCUUUGCCCUAAUCCCAAACCAGGAGAAGAGCUUGAAUUUGGCAAAAGUUUUUUCAGAUGCGAUGCUUGUAAGACACUAACCAAUGGUUUUAGAUACGAGAGUGGAAAUAUGAAGUUGGACGUUCGAUGUGCUAUGAUCUCUGGCGAGUUUCGACAUGAAAGUCAUUCUCAUUCUUUAUUCAUCCUCACAUCUUUUCCUACGAUAUGCUCGGUUUGUAGCAAAUUAGCAAGUAGCGUACUGAGUUGUGUUGAAUGUUCUUUUAACUUUUUGUGCUUCAAAUGCGCCACCUUACCGAAUGAGGUCUUCUACAAGCACGACAAGCAUCCUCUCUACCUGCGUUAUCACAGGCACGUGUAUUGUCAUUAUUGGUGUGAGAUCUGUGAGAAACCAACUAAUCCAUAUAUGUGGUUCUACUCAUGUGAAACAUGUGCUUCUACUGUUCAUAUCGAAUGUGUGCUUGGAAAAUCACCGUACAUGAAGCCAGGACACAGCUUUCUUUUAUAUGGCCUUGAGUACCAAGUGGUCUCUAACAAUCAUGUAUCUCGACAGUUUUGCAUAGUGUGUCAUUUGCGGUGUGAAAAUGCUUUUGUGAUCAAGAACAAGAACGAGACUAGUACGUCAUGUAUAUGCUCUCUAGAGUGUCUCUAUUCCCUUGUGGGGUUUGACCGUAUAGAGAUGCUGCCAACAACUUAG